AUGUUCAUUUACACAACCAUCUGGUACGGCCUUCUUGUUUUAUCAAAGUUGAGCUUGCUUUCGGAUACCGCAACGGAAAGCAAGGUAGUUUACAACAAAGAUGUCAGCAACCUCGGCCUUGCUGCUAUGCAGAAAAUGGAGACAAUGUCACGCGGAGACAACGUUUGGGACAAUUGCUGUGCAGUGAUUGGAUCUAUGAUCUCAUGGUUAGAGAGCAGUCGGGGGCAACCUCAAUCAAUGCAAGCUCCAGGAAACACUAAGGACGCCGGGGACGCUCAUAUGUUACCACAACCAACACCCGAAGAUGCCCCUCGACCCACAGAGUCUGCAGCGGUGGCCGAAGAUUGGGAUGCUACAGUGCGGCAGCAGAUGUUGCAAGAUUUGACCUGGAUAGGACUACCAGUGGAGCAGCAGCUUUGA